CCGAUCGGACCGGGCGUGUUGUCCGCUUCGCUGUGAAAUUAAUUUGCCUGGCAAAUUGUGAAAAGUUUACCAAGGUUAAAAAUGACUGAAACGCUGCAGCUGCGCGGCCAGCUCCUUGGCCAUUCCGGAUGGGUGACCCAAAUCGCCACGAAUCCGAAGUACCCGGAUAUGAUUUUGUCUUCGUCCCGUGACAAGACUCUGAUCGUCUGGAAGCUGACUCGGGAUGAAUUAAGCUAUGGCAUUCCGCAAAAACGUCUGUAUGGACACUCGCAUUUCAUCUCGGACGUUGUGUUGUCCUCGGACGGCAACUAUGCCCUGUCCGGCUCGUGGGAUAAAACCCUCCGUCUGUGGGAUUUGGCAGCUGGUCAGUCAACCCGUCGUUUUGAAGACCAUACCAAGGAUGUUCUAUCCGUUGCAUUCUCGGUAGACAAUCGUCAGAUCGUGUCAGGAUCGCGUGACAAGACGAUCAAGCUGUGGAACACCUUGGCCGAAUGUAAGUACACCAUCCAGGAGGAUGGCCAUUCCGACUGGGUAUCGUGUGUACGAUUCUCGCCGAAUCACACCAACCCGAUUAUCGUGUCGGCCGGUUGGGAUCGUGUGGUGAAGGUCUGGAAUCUGGCUAACUGCAAGCUGAAGAUCGAUCACCUCGGCCACAAUGGAUAUCUGAACUCGGUGUCCGUUUCACCGGACGGUUCUCUGUGUACGUCGGGCGGCAAGGAUUGCCGGGCCUUCCUGUGGGAUCUGAACGACGGCAAACAUUUGCACACUCUGGAGCACAACGAAGUCAUUAAUGCGCUGUGCUUCUCGCCUAACCGCUAUUGGUUGUGCGUGGCCUAUGGACCGUCGAUCAAGAUCUGGGAUCUUGCAUCCAAGACAAUGGUUGAGGAGCUGAAGCCGGCCAAGAACGGUGACCCGCCACAGUGCUUGUCGCUGGCCUGGUCGACCGACGGUCAGACUUUGUACGCUGGCUACUCCGAUAACAUCAUCCGCGUGUGGCAGGUGUCGGUGUCUGCUCGUUAAGACGAAGAGAUCAUUUCCGAUACUAAUGUAUGUUAUUUCAAUUUUUUCGAAAAGAUGAAAUACACGAAAACCUAAAAAUUAAAUAAUAUUAUGUUUAGCUAUUAU